AUAAUAUAAGCGCCUAAUAAUGUGUCAUUGCCUAGACGUGAAUGUAAAAUGCACUUUCACACAAGUGUUUGGUAAUAAUGACUGUACACGGAGGUUGACACGACUUCAUAAUACACUUUUACUUAAAAAACGUACCAAGCCAAAAUACACUUGUACUUAAAAUAGGCUACUUACCAAGCUCACUCACGGCAAGCAAUUGGCAAAAUAGAUUUUCCUCAUAAAAACUUAUUUGUGACAAGUAUUCUCGUCGUGCUGUGUUGUCUAUUUUGUUGUUUAAAGAUCUCCACAGACCACAACCAUAGGAUUUUAAAAAAUGUAUUUAUUAAAAAGCAGAUUGUUCCGUGUUAUGUUAAGCAGGCAGGUCGGGAGGCGUUUGUUAUGUUGCGCAACGGUGCGAAUAUUACAUUUGGCUGCGGGUCCUCUUAUCGCGGACGCUCAGUCGUCUCUCUAGAAAUCACCAGGGACAACGCAGGUGAGAAGUACUAACGGAGGUAACCGAGCUGGCUGUACCGUCUGGGGGAAGUGGCGGCUUGAAACUACUGAGGGCUUUCUGAACGCCGCGGUCGGCUCUCCUCCACACAACUGCACACCUGUUUCCCCCCCUGUCACUGGACAGCUCACAGGAUGGGGGCGCUAGACCAGUGGCUGUGGAGGCAUGAAUACUGGCUGCCCCCUGGCAUAACCUGGGAGGACAUGCAGAGUCAGGAGGGAAGCUGGUACCCUCGUCCCCGCGACCUCCUCGUGGCCUUGCCUCUGGCCGUGGGCUUCAUCUCCCUCCGUUACGUCUUUGAGAGGUUGGUGGCUCGCCCCCUGGGCAGGCAGCUGGGUGUGUGUGACCGGACACGGGUACCUGUCAGACCUGUACCACACCUGGAGACUUUCUACACACAGCACAGCCACCAACCGUCCCAGAACGAGAUCCUCGGCCUGACCAAGCAGUGUGACCUCACCCAGAGGCAGGUGGAGACCUGGUUCCGUAACCGUAGAAACCAGGACAGACCAAACAACACCAGGAAGUUCUAUGAAGCCUGUUGGAGGUUUGCCUUUUACAUGGUGGCUUUUUCGGGCGGGCUGGCUGUUCUCGUCGAUGCACCUUGGUUUUGGGAUCAGAGAGAAUGCUGGAAUGGAUUCCCGUUGCAGCCUAUCUCCGACGCUCAUUACUGGUACUACAUGAUGGAACUGGGCUUCUACUGGUCUCUCCUGCUCUGCGUCUCUGUGGACAUCAAACGGAAGGACUUCAGGGAGCAGAUCGUUCACCACGUCGCCACCAUCUCGCUCCUCGGCUUCUCCUACUGCUCCAACUACGUGCGCAUCGGCACCCUGGUGAUGCUCGUCCACGACUCCUCGGACUUCCUGUUGGAGUCCGCCAAAAUGUUCAACUACGCCAAAUGGAGGAAGACCUGCGACAGCCUGUUUGUCGUCUUCACCGUGGUCUUCCUGGUGACUCGUCUCGUGGUGUUUCCCAGCAGAGUGAUCCACACGACCCUGGUCCUGUCCAUGGAGGUCUUCACCCCCUUUUUCGGGUACUACUUCUUCAACGCGCUGCUGCUGGUGCUGCAGGCCCUGCACGUCUUCUGGGCCUGGCUCAUCCUGCGCAUGGUCUACAAGUUCAUCUUCCGGGGCAUGGUUGAGCGAGAUGAGCGCAGCGAUGAGGAGAGUGGAGAUGAUGAUGAGGGGGCGGAAGAGGAAGAGGAGUGCGGUUGGGAAAAGAGGAAAGACGUCCUCAAUGGCCGACUGGCUGUCUUCACCAAUCUGACCAAUCAGAGGAGCAGCCCGAGCAACAGGAUGCCUAAUUCCAGAUAGGGGGAAAUGUGACGCACUUGAACAAAGGUCCCUCUGACGAAAGUGAAAUGGAGCUGGUGACUCACGUGUACAAAAAACAUUUAUCACUUCCUCGUGUGCUGUCCCAGUAGUUAAUGGUCUGUGAAAAAGGUGUGCUUUACGUCCGCAGUUGGGGGGCACACACCUUUGGAGGCUAAAUGUUCAGUUGAGAAAACCACAUUUGAGUUGGCUGACUCGGUUUUUUUUUUUUUUUUUUGAUCAUGACCGCUGCUAUUUUAAAAACUUUUUAAUUGUGACCCUAAAUGUAGUGCAUUUGUCCCCUGCAUCUCUUCUUUCUAUCCGUUUUUAACCGUUUUAAAGGUUGUGUGAACUGUGAAUUACAUUGUCCUAGAAGAUGCUAAGACCGAGUCAAAGGGGCGAGGAUCUGAAACAUCUGAUUGUACUUUCUGAUUAGAAAUAUUGUUUUUAAUUUUUUUAAUUGUCAUGUUAGUUUUCCCUUUUUAAAAAAAAAAAAAAAAAUCUCCCCAAUUUGGAACCCCCUCCUGCGUUCCUGCUAUGCUAGCCCUGCAGCGGAAGUGUGUUCCUCACACAAGUUCACCUGCAAGCCGGUGACUAUUUUACACCCUAACAGGCCACACACAGUACUACAGGAGUGAGCUAUGACUCCAGAGCCUGGAGGACAAGCAUAUGCCUCAACGAGAGACAAACCAGUAGCCUGUUUGCUAGGAAUUCAUGAAUUAACGUACCAAUAGCCUCAUUUCAACAUACCACAACCCCUGAGGGAUGUGGCCAAUGGCGUUCACCCAUCGUGGAUGCCUGGUUAUGAUUGGCUGAUACUCUAAUGAGACUGAAGUUCAAAUGGGUAGUUGUUGGGCCCAGCAGCCAAAAUUAAUGCUAAGCGUCUUUACGUCACUUGGUAGCCCCAAAAUAAUACAGGGAACACAGAGUAAUACAGACCAAUGCCUAUUAAAGGAAUGCAAUGUCAGGCAGUCUUUAUGUCAGUUGUGACGUAGAAAACCCAUGUGCACAUACAUAAGAUGGUCUGCUCAUAAUUUCAAAUCUGGUAUCCUGAUGGAAUAUUAUAUUGCAUUUUUUAACUUUCAAAUUAAUGGCUUGGCUACGGAGGAAUUCAAGUUUGGCCAAGCUUUUAUUUUUUUUAUUUUUUAUUUUUUUUACCUUUUUUUAAAUGCAUGUUGUCUGUUUUGUCAGAAAUAACUAAUAGCUCUUUUGUUGUGAUCAGAUUGUAUCAUUUGUGGGCUAAAACUGGGUUAGUGAAGUAUAUUGAUUAUGAAGUGUGUAACUGUAUGUACUGUGUGUCAUGUGAUUUCCUAUAUGCAAUGAAACAUAUGAACGGUGUUUACCUUUGGCUUCUAA